CGUUAUUCCUGAUGAUUUUAUUUUUGGUGAGUUUGACUUUUUCCUGUAUUUUUAUUGCUUAGUUAAUGUUGUUUUUCCUGUUUGAUUUCACAAAUUCAUCGUCUUUCUUGGAAAACUUUCAGAUUUUAUAGUUGUCUUGGAUUUUGUGAAGCAUCAGUUUCUUAAAGUUGUCCAAAACACCGUUAAAAAAAACAGAGAAAUCUCUCAUGCUUGAUCUCCAUAUUGGAACACUGGGGGAAGCUGAUUACUGUUGGGAAAUCUAAGGAUUAUAUAGCUUGAAACUGCAAAGUUUCACAUCGGCCACUACUGGAGUAGCAGCAAGAAGAAGAGCAAGAAGAACAAGAAACGUGUUCCAGCCAUAGUAAAGAUACCUAAGAGCACAAAUUAAAUGGAUAUUACUUGCGGAACAUUGAGCAGUUUUGUUGACAAGUUCUGGGACCUAGUGCUGGACCCAACUUGCGAGCAGUUUCAUCAUCUGUUUCACUAUCACAGAAACAUUAAGCAGCUCAAUGAACGACUUGUGGAACUCGUCGAUGAAAGAAGCUCCGUACAACAUCAAAUAGAUGAGGCUACAAACAAUGCAGAACAAAUUGAAGACAAGGUUCUUCAUUGGUUGCGCAAAGUAGAUGAGAUUUCAGAGCAAAUUCAAAAGUUUCAUGAAGAAGAGAGUCAAACAAUAACAGAGUGUAGCGUAACUUCAUGUCCCAACCCGUGGCUGCGCUAUAAAUUAAGCAAAAGAGCAAAGGCAAUGUCACAAGAAGUUGUUGAAAUUUGUAGAAAGGGAAAUUUCAAUACAGUUUCAUAUCGCGUUCUUCCACGGUCCAUGCCAGAAUUAGUCAACAGAGAAAGCGAUGAAGGAAUUGGUUCAAGAGUGCAGCUUGUGAAUCGAAUUAUGGAGGAAUUACGGAAUCCAAGUGUUAAUAUGAUCGGAUUGUGUGGGCCUGGUGGUGUUGGCAAGACCACUAUAGCUAAAGAGGUAGCAAAGAGCCAAAAGAUGUUUUCAAAGGUGAUCAUGGUGACUGUUUCUGAUGAGUUGUACGUUGAGAAGAUUCAAGGCCAGAUUGCUGAGAAGCUGGGUAUGCAACUCAAUGAAAAAACUGAAGAAGUAAGAGCUUGUCGUCUCUGUGAGAGGUUAAAGCUAGAGAAGAAUAUGCUCCUCAUAUUGGACGAUCUUUGGGAGGAACUUGAUUUGGGAAGCGUUGGAAUUCCCUUUGUUGAUGUUGAAAAUUAUAGCAAAAAGGACGGAGGUUGCAAAAUUUUACUAACUUCAAGGAAUGAAACGCUACUGUCACACCGCAUGAAAUGUCAAAAACUUAUCAAAAUAGGUGUUUUGUUAAAGAAUGAAGCAUUGGAGUUGUUCAAGAGGAUUGCUGAACUUUCUGCUGAUUCAAGCAAUCUUGAGCUGAUAUCUAUAGCCUCUGAGAUUGUUCAAAAGUGUGGACGCUUGCCGCUAGCGAUUGCUACAGCUGCUAAGGCAUUGAGGGGAAAAAAUUUGGAUGAGUGGAAAGAUUACCUUGCACGAUGGAAAAAUCAUUUAAGGAGAAACAACACAGGAAUUAAAGAGGUGGAUUCUUCUUUGAAGUUGAGCUACGAUCCUCUAAGCUUGGAGAAUAAAACUAUUUUCUUGCUCUCUGCCAUGUUGUCCCAUGAUCCCUCAAUUGAUGACCUGCUCAUGUACUCUCUGGGAUUAGAUAUUCUUGAAGGCAUAGAAAAUAUAGAAGAAGCCCACGUUGGAAUAUGUGCUAUUGUAAGUAAGCUAAAAUCAUUAAACUUAUUUCUUGAUAGCUUUUCUGGUCGUCGUGUUACGAUACAUGACGUCUUUCGAGAUGUUGCAUUAUCAAUUGCUUCCAAUGAAUUAAAUGUUUUCAUUGUGAGGCAUAGAAGCUUGAAAGAAUGGCCAGACAAAAAUAAGCUAGAAGGCUACAAGGGAAUUUGCUUACAAGAUAGUGACAUCAGUGAGCUUCCAGAAGAGCUGCAUGGUCCAAGAUUAGAAUUUUUUCUACUAGACAGCACAAAGCGUGAUUUGAUCAUAUCCAACAUGUUGUUCAAAUCUUCAAGGGAGAUGAAAGUGUUGGCUUUUACCAAUGUGCAUUUUUCAUCACUACCAUCACUUAGUUUCUUACAAAAACUAAAAACAUUGUGUUUACACUCUUGCUUACUGGAAGAUAUAGCUGAGGUUAGAAGCUUGAAGAAUUUAAAAGUCCUGAGUCUUGCCUACUCUGAAAUUCAACGACUACCAGCUGAAUUGGCACAACUGACUUCUUUACAGAUGCUGAAUUUGGCCCACUGCUCUGAACUCAAAGUGAUUCCCCCAAAGCUCCUAUCUAGCUUGAAAAAAUUGGAAGUUUUGUACAUGGGAAAUAGCUUUAAUCGAUGGAAAGUUGAAGGAUCUAGUGAAGCUAUUGAAAAUGCAAGUCUUGAAGAGUUAAAGGAUUUGCCGAUCUCUUCACUAGAUGUUCAUAUUCCUAACGUCUCUAUGUUGCCGGAGAACUUGUUCUUAGAUAUGCAUUUGAAGAGAUACAGAAUACUUAUUGGACAGCAUUGGGAAUGGCAAGGCAAUUAUGAAAGUUCAAAGAUAUUGAAAAUUGAGCUUGAGAGUAGCAUCCAUUUGAACACUGGGGUUCGAAAGUUAAUGAGGGGAGCUGAAGAUUUGUAUUUAUAUGGAUCUAAUGGGCUUGAAAAUGUUCUUCGUGGUCAUGAUGGAAGAGCAUUUCCACAUUUAAGGCAUCUUCAGAUUGAAAGUAAUGAUACUAUUAGAUACAUUGUUUUGAACUCGGCACAUCAUGAAGCUGCAAAAAAUAACGUAUCUAAUAAAAUGUCGAAGUUACUUCUCAACCAGGUGUUAUUCCCAAAAUUAGAGGGGUUGGAAUUGUCCAAUUCAAUCAGUUUGAUUCCAUUGAUAUGGGAUGACCAACUUUCACACACCUCAUUUAGCAAUUUGAAAACAUUGAUUGUGGAAAAUUGUGGCUUUGUGAAAUUGGUGCCUCUUCAUGUGCUAAAGUCUUUAAACAAUUUGGAAGCAUUAGAAGUCAGGGAUUGUCACGUGUUGGAGAUGGUGUUUGAUUUUGAAGAUUCGAAUGAAUAUAAAGAGAAGACGUCAUCAUCACUUAAGGUUGUGCCGUUGAAGAAGUUAACGCUAGAUGGAUUGCCAAAAUUGAAGAAUGUGUGGAGCAAUCACUACCAGGGAAAUGUCUCCUUCCCAAGUCUAACGAAUGUAUCUGCUUACGAUUGUGAAAGCCUCACAAGUAUGUUUCCUGCAUCUAUAGUCAAAGGCAUGCUUCGUAAUCUUGAACGGCUUCAUAUAUCUCAUUGUGGUAUAGAUGUAAUUGUUGCAAAAGAUCAAGUUUCAGAAUCUAUUGCUUCUACACUUGAGUUUCCCACGCUGACUUCCCUUGACCUUUCUUUCCUUCAAAAUUUGAAGAACUUCUAUCCACAGAAACACACAUUAGAAUGGCCACAACUUCAGCGAUUAUCUAUUAGAUAUUGUGAUGAAAUAGAGAUAUUUGAAAAGGAAGUCUCAAGUUCACUAGAAAUUCAUGAGGAAAAGCGCACAUUAGACUCAAAAUAUCCUCUACUGUCCCAUGACAAGGAUAUUCGUAAUUUGGAGGAGUUGAGAUUGGAGGGUAAAGGGGCUGAGAUGAUAGGGAGUGGCCAGUUUCCAGCGUACCCCUUCCCCAAAGUAAAACUGCUUCAUCUAUCAGUAGAGAAAGCCACAACUAUAUCGUACAAAUCAUUGUUGAAGAGCUUUCCAAAAUUAGAGGAGUUAGAGUUGGGUGGUGACAUUAAGGAGGCUGUUGGAGGGGAUGAAGUUCCCUUUCCAAUAAAAUUGACUCUUCAGAAUCUUUACAAGAUGCCAUCUUUGGUUUCUUUACCAAAUCUCACACAUCUUACAGUGAGAUUUUCUUAUGGGCGGACCACUUUGAUGACGUCAUCAACUGUUCGAAGCUUGGUCCAUCUCACACGUCUCUCAAUUGGUCACUGCGAUCGAAUAGGGGAAAUCAUAUCGAAGCAGGAAGGAGAGGAUGAUGAGGAUAAGGAAAUCUUUUUCAACAAAUUGCAGUACUUGCAACUUUGUGACCUACCAAGACUGAAGAGAUUUUGCGGCCACGAUUAUACUUUCAGGUUUCCAUUAUUGGAUACUCUAAUCAUAAGUGGAUGUCGAAAAUUGGAAAUAUUCUCUCCAGGACUCAUUGAUGCACCAUCUCUUCAAAGCAUUCAGUUGUCAGACGAUGAGGGAAAACGUCAUGAAAUUUGGGACACCAACCUUAACAAAACAAUCCACCAACAGCGAUUUGUCGGUACAAGAAAGCUGGUGUUAGAUGAGGAUGAUGUCAGCAUGAUAAGGAAUGACCAAUUUCCAGCGGACCAUUUUUCCCACGUGGAAAUUCUUGGCAUAGAAAGAUUUGUUGGUGAAGGGGUAACAUUUCCAUACACAUUGCUUGGAAGAUUUCCGAAACUGAGUGAACUUGGUGUGAAGGAUAGUUUAUUUGAGGAGAUAUUCCCAUCACAUAAUGCACACAUUAUUGUUGAUCAAAUUCCACCGUUCAGGGAACUCUGCCUUGCCAAUUUGACGGUGCUCAAGGUGUCCCGAUGUAAUCGGCUCGUCUAUUUAAUGAGAAACUCAACCGCCAAAAGCUUGGUGAAUCUUGAAACAUUGGAGAUAAGUAACUGCCGUGAGAUGGAAGAAAUUGUAACGAAGCAGGAUGGAGAAGAUGACAAGGACAAGGAAAUCUAUUUUAGCAAACUGAAGCUUUUGGAACUUCACUAUUUACCAAGAUUGAAGAGAUUUAGUGGCCGCAGUUGUACUUUCAGGUUUCCAUUAUUAAAAUGUGUAACUGUAGCAGAUUGUCCUCGGCUCAUAAUGUUCAGUCCAGGAGCCAUUCAUGCCCCGCAGCUUCAAAGCAUUCGAGUACAAAGAUAUGACCGCCAUAAACAUAUUUGGAUGACCGAUCUUAACAAUACCAUCCAACAUCAGUUUAUGACUCAAGAGGUAGCUUCCACAACCCAAUGCAUGGUGUUAAAUGCGGAAAAUAUCACAAUGAUAAAGGAUGUCUUUCCUAAAGUAAGAGUUCUUGAUGUAGAAAGCUUCCAAGAUGAAUGGAUGACCUUUCCCUAUAGCUCCCUUGAAAGAUUUCCUAAGUUGAAUUGGCUUUGUGUGCGGCAUAGUUCCUUUGAGGAGAUAUUCCCUUCACAGGACCAGAUUAUUAAUUUUAUGGGAAAAAUCCUUCCAUUUAAGAGAUUAGACAUUUCUAAUUUGGAUAAACUCAAGAGUAUAUGGAAGGAUGAUUCUCAACUACCACCAAUUCAUCAAAGUCUGAAAUCCCUCAGUGUCAAUAGUUGCUGUAACUUGGUCAAGUUAACACCAUCAUCUGCUUCAUUUGAAAAGUUGAGAAGCUUAUCCGUAUCAGGAUGUCAUCAACUCAUCCAUUUAGUGACAAGUUCAACUGCCAAAAGCUUGGUGGGACUUGAAUGGUUGAAGAUAAAUGAUUGCAAAAAGAUGGAGGAAAUUGUAAAGAAUGAGACCAACGAAGAUGUAGAAGGUGGAAUCACAUUCAACCAGUUGCAUAGGAUCAGACUUAUUGAUAUGCUAAGCUUGAAGAUGUUUUCUUCACAAAGUUGCACCUUCGAAUUCCCAAAAUUAGAAGACAUACUAAUAACUGGAUGCCCUCAAAUGAAGAAGUUUGGUCUAGGAGCGUUGAAAACACCAAAGUUAUCUAAAGUGAAAAUAGAAGGAUGUGAUGUGGAAUGGGCAAAUGAAGGGGACCUUAACAAAACAAUAGAAAUGCUAUCCUCAGCAAAGGUAUGA